UGCAGAUAGACUGAUGACAGUCUGGGGCCUGAAGGUCUUAACUUUUAUAUUUCCAAGGAAAUAUAACUGAGGAAAUAGAAGGAUUUUAAGAUUAAGUGAACUUCUACUGCAUAUUCCUGCAUUUUGAGAGCUACCCUAUCCAUAUCAGAUCAAAGUUGUUAUGCUUGUGCAUGUAGAGUUAAAAAGGACAUGGGGGUAUUAAAAAAUGCCUGAGCGGAGAGAGUCACUUCUGUGGACCUAGUAAGUUUAGAGAAAUCUACGAUUGAUGUUUUUGAAGUUCUUCCCAACAAUACUUAUCUUAAUACUCACCUUAAAACUCAAGAGCCCACUUUGACCUAUUGUGGCCCUAAAUAUAGAAUAAAUUAUGCCCAGUGCCAAGAACUCAACUUUUCUGCAGUUCUAUUAUUCUUACAAAUGGUUCUGACCAAAAAUUUCAACUCUAUUUUUCCUCAAACUCCAGGGCAUGCAGGUGUUUAGAUGCUACCAAGGAGGCCUUACGACUUUCACAUUAUAUUUUCACGGGUGACUGUUUGCCUGAGCCUGUUAUUUCUUAUCUUCAAAAUAUUAGCACUCAGCAACAACCACUCAAUCCCACAGACUACGCAAUUCCAUAUACUCCCUAUCUCUCAACUGUCAGAGACGCUGUAAAAACCAUUCAGUCCUUUUCCGGAUUUAAUCCUAGUUCACUACAGGUGACAUCCUAGCCAUUGGAGUACUACAACAUGCAAGCUUCGAGUACUCCACCUACAACCAGUGAUAGGAUGUUGCUCACCAUCCUCAAUUGGAUUUCCAAUCUUCCAAACAAUAGCCUGGGCUUCAUUCUGGCAGAUACUGGUUAUGAUGUGUGGAUGGGGAACAGCAGAGGAAACACCUGGUCUAGGAAACAUACGUCCCUAGAAACAAAUUCCCAAGAGUUCUGGGCUUUCAGUUUCUAUGAAGUGGCUAAAUAUGACCUUUCAGCUUCCAUCGAUUUCAUUGUGAAGCAAACUGGACAAAAAGAAAUAUUUCAUGUAGGCCAUUCACAGGGCACUACUAUUGCUUUCAUUGCAUUUUCGACAAUACCAAAGAUAGCUGAAAAAAUCAAAAUAUUUUUUGCCUUAGCACCAAUUUUUUCUAUUGAACACACAAAAUGCCCUUUAAUUAAAAUGGCAAAUAAGUUUAAGUCAGUAAUCAAGGCUUUUUCUGACAAUAAAGACUUUCUACCUAAAACUUCACUUAACAGUUUUGUCGGUUCAAAGUUCUGUUCACUACAUAGUUUUGAUAAAAUUUGCCUCAACAUUUUGUUUAUGAUAUUUGGAUCUGACCCAGGGAACUUAAAUAUGAGUCGUUUGGAUGUAUACUUUUCACAUAACCCAGCAGGAACAUCUGUUCAAAAUAUGGUCCACUGGAGUCAGCUUUUAUAUUCUACUCACAUGAAAUCUUUUGACUGGGGCAGUCCUCAUCUUAACUUGGUUCAUUUUAAUCAGACAACUUCUCCAUUGUACAGUAUAGCAAAUAUGAAUGUACCAACUGCAACUUGGAAUGGUGAAAGUGACUUGUUGGCUGACCCUGCUGAUUUUAAAACCUUACAGUCUGAAAUUACCAAUCUCAUUUACCGUAAGACUAUUUCUUAUUACAAUCAUAUAGACUUUUUGUUUGGAUUAGAUGUCUACCAUCAAGUUUUCCAUGAAAUCAUUAAUAUCAUUCAAGACAAUCUAUAA